AUAAAAGUCGACUUAACAUGAUAAUUAUAUUUACACAAAGAAUCUAUAAUGGUUCCUUACUUCCAAGAUUUAUCAUUACUGCUGAAAAUAGUGUGGAUCUGUGCCGCUGAAAGUCAAGGCACGGACAAAAUAUUGACGAAACAUAUCAUGUGUGGUGAAACUGCAGUGCUGCCUUGUCAAAAUAUACCAGGAAACAACGUCAUCCAAUGGCUUCGUCUAAACCCCAGUAAAAAUGUGACAGAAAACACAUACACAGACGGACAGACCGUAAACACUGAUUUACCUUUCCAUAGAAGAAUUAGUAUUAACAUUUCUCCCGAGGACAAAUACGACUUAAAUAUUAUAAAUGUUUCUAAGGAGGAUGAAGGAACAUACAGAUGUGCGUUUAUACAAGGUGACAGAGUAAAAUCACAAGAUGUUCGUUUGUUUGUUCAAGAACAAGAUGAUAACCUACAAGUGAAGUUAGGGAUAUGUGGAAAUUCGACCUGUUCAUACAUAGUGCCAGCAAAGUCCCAAUUAAGUUUUUCUAUCACAGCACUAUUUGGAUUAUCUGGCACAAUUGGCGGUUGUCUGAUUUUGAUUGCAGCAUCUGUUGCACUGCGCAUCCUGUUUAGGAGAUGUGAAGCUACCCCAAGAGACACGGGUCUGACCAUUGCAAGUGCAGAUGCCUUCUGGAGUUCGCCGACAUUGCAAUCUGACACUUAUGUUUUCGAUAAUGAUUUAACAAUACAAAUACGCCAGGAAAAUGUACAAAAUAUGGGAAAUGAACUUUUACACAAUAUCCAAACAAAUAUGACCAACAUAACUAAAAACGGGGCAACAAGUAGAGACCAGUUAGAACAUAGUUCUAAUCAGAAUCUUUCAGAUGAUAUGAACACCAUGAGCAACCGUUAUGAAGAAAACCAUGAUCAAAGAUUACAAAGUGACAAUCCGCAUGUUUAUGAUGAAUGUGGAGUAGUAAUUUCAUCCACGGCGAAUAAUACAUACCAAUCUUUGACGAGGAACUGGAAAGAUACUCCCCAUCUUUACCAGUGAUGCGCACUUGGAGUUAACUAGUUUACAUUUGAUGUUUUGUUCAUUAUAUUUGUGACAAUUAUUUUAAUAAUGCCCGUGAUGUAAAUAAGAUAACAUUUUGCAAGAAUCAUGUUUCCGUGAAAUUUUUUUAUAAUUAUGUAAAUGAAUUGGUUUCUUGGUAAUAAAUUAAAAAGACAUAUUAAGCAAC